AUGCGGCGCGCGACUGCUGCUCCGGGGUGCGGGACCGCGAGCGCGAGCGCCGUGGUGUACGAGUCGUCGUCGUCGUCGUGGUGCUCCCUGCUGCCGCCGCAGGAGUCGCUGGCGGCGGUGACGGUGGCGGUUGCGGCGCCGCCGGCCCCGUCGAUGGACCUCAGCCUCGCGCUGCCGGCUUUGGCGGCGGCCGCAAACACGAACCAGCUGUUCAUGGACCCGACGGCGGCCGUGACGCCGGCGCUGCUGCAGUUGCUGCCGCCGAAGAGCGAGGAGGAGCGAAGCUGCUCUGGUUUGUCGUCGUCGUCUGUGGUGUUCGACGCGGCGCCGCCCGUGGGCCUGGGGCUGGACCUCAACCUGGCGCUGCUGCCGCCGGCCGAGAUGGUCAUGUGA